GGGACGUACAAGAUAUAUUGAAUGUUGAUUUAAUAUAGGACAUAUUUUUAACAUACGUGGACCAAAAUUGGUCCUAUGUUGUGUAUAUAUGUGUAUGUAUGAGGAUAUUUUCCAUAGCUGGUUGGAAAUAACCAAAGAGAAAGACGACAGGAGAAUGGAGGGGACUGGAACAUUAUUGAUUGUUCUGCUUGUGACUCUUCUGCUUCUCUCCUAUCUGAAACAGCAGUGUUCACGCCGACAUUUUCCCCCUGGGCCUCUUGCCUUUCCUCUUAUUGGAGGCAUAUGGAGAGUUAACUUUGGAAUUGGAUUUAAUGUGGAGACACUAAUGAAGCUGGCAGAACGAUAUGGAGAGAUUUCUGUUUUGUGGGUGGGACAUAUACCAGCUGUAAUAUUUUCUGGAUUUGAAGCUGUGAAAGAAGUAUUGAUUGAUCAUUCGGAAGACUUCUCAGAGCGGGUACAGACUCCAUUUCUUACAACUUUAGGAAGAGGAAAGGGUAUUGUACUUUCGAAUGGACCGAACUGGAAGCAGCAGAGGCGGUUUGGCCUAGUUACACUGCGGAAACUGGGAGUGGGGAAAAAAAGCGUGGAGGGCCAAAUAGAAGAGGAAUCCCAACAGCUUGUAGAGGUUUUUGCACGUGAAAAAGGGCAGCCCUUUGAUCCUGCAUUAGCUAUCACAAAUUCAAUCGCCAACGUGAUAUGUGCUAUCACCUUUGGAUAUCGUUUCCCUCUUGAAGAUGAAACUUUCAAGAAACUAACUGAAGGCGUUGCAUUUACCUUAAAAUGUGGAAUGGGUCUUUUUCAUUUGCUAUAUGAAAUGUUCCCAUGGCUCAUGAAGCAUCUUCCAGGGCCUCACAACGAGGCUUUGCAUGCCACAGAGAUGGUACUUGCAUUAGCAAAGGAAGAAAUACAGAAGCAUAAGGAGCAAAAGUCCUUUCAGGAGUUAUGGGAUUUCAUUGAUUUCUACCUGCUUGAAAUAGAAAAAAGGAAGAAUGAUCCUACCUCUACAUAUGAUGAUGAGAACCUGGCUCAGGAUAUUCAUGACUUAUUUAUUGCUGGAACGGAAACGACUGCCACUUCUCUGAAAUGGGCAAUCCUCCUUCUGGCAAAUCAUCCAGAUAUUCAAGAUAAAGCUUACAAGGAAAUAGACGAUGUGUUGUGCUCCUCUUCCUUCAGCUAUCAAGAUCUGAAGAAGCUCCCUUAUACAAACGCUGUGCUCCAUGAGAUUCAGCGUUCAAAAUAUCCCCUCUUAUUUGGGAUCCCAAGACAAACAACCAAAGAUGUGAAGAUGAGAGGUUUUCUCAUCCCUAAGGGGACAAUCGUUAUACCAAAUCUAUACUCUGUUCUUCUUGAUCCAAAGCACUGGGAGUCUCCUAAAGAGUUCAAUCCAAAACAUUUUUUGGACCAGGAUGGACAUUUUGUUGCUAGAAAAGAGUUUCUGGCAUUUGGUGCAGGCUCUCGGGUGUGUUUGGGGGAGCAGCUGGCAAGGAUGGAGUUCUUCAUCUUCUUGGUCAACCUGCUGAGGGCCUUCCGUUUCCAGCUGCCUCCAGGAGUCAAAGAUCUCAAUGAAGAUCCUACACCAGGAGUGACAACACCACCCCAUCCUUAUAAAGUGUGUGCUGUUCCUCGCUGGAUUCAUCAUAAAAUAUACAAAAAUAAUUGCAAUGGCAUGUACUUCAUUGCUGCAAUUUUAAAACAAAUCCACAAUCCCUUUCAUUUUCUAAAUUUCUUUCAUGUGCUUAGAAUCUGAAGCAAACCUGUGA